GGAUACCGGCACCUUCAUUGGUUCACUGUGCCAUUACUCGGAGCAGUCAAGAAGUACCGGAUUCGCCGAAUAAAUGGCAAAUAGUCCAUACGUAUCCGCGGCUCUUACGAAUGCAAACUCGCGACCCCUGUAUUAGGAAACUUGGCUGUCACGAAUGUGAGGGUAACUGGUCUCUCUGAGAAGAAGGUUGCGGUGAUUUAAUCACAGAAUGUUCCGGCGUAAAAGCACAAAAGGUGCUGAAUGACGGGGAGCUCGUUGAGCGAAUCAAUUCCUUUGAGGGCAUAGAAAUUCUCGCUCCAUUUUGAUAAGGCGGGGAGAGGGCAAAUCCGUAGUACCUGGAGAACAGUACUGGCCCUUGCGGGGUGGAAGUUUAAUUGCGAUCUUGUGCGUCUCCAGUUUGUUUUCUUUUCGAGAUGGUUCUGAUUUUCGCUUUGUGACAUUUCCUUACCAUCUCUCACGAAAGUGUUUCUCCUAUAUCGGUAUUCCUACAAACCCCCGCUUGUGCCACCCGUUCCUGGGAUCAUUUCUAGGGCGAUUGGCUCAGCCAAGGCUUCCGGUAAGCUCCCUUGAUCAGGCAGCUUGCUUACAGCGAACCAGAAACCCUGACCACCCCGAGCCAACCGGGCUGCGCACUCCUGUUCCAUGUGGUGGUGGUGUACUACAACUCCUCUUGGAGGUGUGGUAUAAAGCUUCUAAUUUCUCUCUUCGAACGUAUCUCCCCAUGAAGCGACUCGAUUACAGCCAUAGCGCCUAUACAAAUUUUCUUUCCGUCCCCCCGAAGACUCAUCCGCUAUCUAGUUUCACGAGACCCCGGUUUUCUGCGGGCCACCGCGUUUUACGACCGUCCAGUCCUCUCCCCAGCCAAUUUCCCAAACUGACCUCCUAGGUCAGUUCCGCAGCCCUCUGCAAUGGAGACCAACGUUGUACCGAGGGGAGAAAUUUUGAUAGCAGUCAUGGGAGUUACAGGUAAAAUCCAAAGCCAGUCUACCACUUACUGUGAAUUUGCUGAAAGAAGUGGCAGGCGUCGGAAAAAGUUACUUUAUUAGCGAAGUAUCUGGUCGCUCGGAGGUGAAAGUGAGCGAUGGGCUUCACUCUUGUAAGAUAUUGCUUGGCCCAGGAUAUGAACUCGCCCGCUGACACUAGGAAGGUACUAGCAAGGUCGAAUCUUACUCUUUUGAGCACGCGGGGACAACGGUUACCCUAGUCGACACUCCUGGCUUCAAUGAUACGACGAGAACCGACACCGAGGUGCUGACUGAGAUCUGUGAUUGGACGUCAAAAACCUACGAGGAGAACCGGCUUCUCUCCGGGAUUAUCUACCUCCACCGAAUCACUGAUGUCCGCAUGGAUGGCUCCUCCAUGAAGAACCUUAGGAUGUUCCAGAAGUUGUGCGGUAUUCGUGCCCUCAAGAACGUGUUUCUCACAACUACACAAUGGUCAAAUGCGGUUGGUCAAGCAGAUGGGGAGGUUCGGGAAAAGGGUCUCUGUGAGGAUCGCGAUUUCUGGGGAAUGCUUAUCGAGCAGGGCGCUACUCUUCAGAGAUUUCAUGGCACUAGAGAGUCCGGAUUGGAACUUAUCGACCAAUUGAUGCCGAAACUGCCAGCGGUACUGGAUAUCCAGGACCAGAUAGUCACACAAAAGAGGACCAUAAUUGAGACUGAUGCAGGUCAAUGCAUUAACGAGGACUUGAUUGCGCAGGAGAAUAAAUAUAAAGAGGAGAUUGAACUUCUAGAAAUUGAGCGUCAGGAAGCUAUAAAAGAAAAGGAUGAGGAAAUGAAGGAUUUGAUUGCGGAGGAACAAGAAAAGUCUCGGGAGAAGCUUAAAAAGGUUGCAGUUGAGAAGAGACGGUUGGCAGAUAUGCAUGAUGACGAGGUGAGGAAGAGGGACAUUGAAAUGCAGAGAGAGGAGGAGAAAAGGAAGGAGGAACAAAGGGAAGCCCAGGAAAUGGUUGAAAAGGUUGAAGCCGAGAGGCGACGGCAAGCAGAAUUGUACGCAGAGGAGUUGAGGAGGCAACAGGAGAGAGAAGAGAGGAGAGAGGCGAGGGAAGAGAGGCGAGAGGCGAGAGCUGAGGAGAAGCGGUUGGCAUAUUUGCGUGAAGCGGGGAUGAACCGAUCGGCACAGCUUCAGAUGGUCCAAGUGGGGGGGGAAGGGGGAAGGGAUGAUGGGAACAGGAGGGGAGAGCACGGAGAGAACCGCGGGUUCCGUGUUCAAGUUGGCCGUUAUCAAUUCACCAUCGGGUUCUAG